AUGUCUUCGCCAAACUAUCUCGAGUCUUCGCCCGUCUCUUUGAGCUCGCAGCGCCGCCGCAAAUCCGCUUUCUCAUACCGGCAGCUGUCCCAAUUAGCCUCCUCUGCUACAUCAUGUCCGUUACGCGUCAUUGCCCACAUCGACCUGGAUGCCUUCUACGCGCAAUGCGAGAUGGUCCGCUUGGGCAUCCCGCCAGAUAAACCUCUUGCCGUUCAACAGUGGCAGGGACUUAUCGCCAUCAACUACCCAGCACGUGCCUUCGGCCUAAAUCGACAUGUUACCAUCACCGAGGCAGUUAAGCUAUGUCCGGGCCUGAUCAUGCAACAUGUUGCGACAUGGAAAGAAGGAGAUGAGAAGUGGGCAUACCACGAAGACUCGUUCAAGAACAUGGCUACACACAAGGUCAGCCUUGACCCUUACAGACUCGAGAGCAGGAGGAUCCUGGCCGUCAUCAAGGACCACCUGCCAGCCUCCCCUGUGUCCAAGGUGGAAAAGGCUAGCAUUGACGAGGUCUUCUUAGACUUGUCAACUCACGUACAUGGUAUCAUGCUCGAAAGAUUUCCAGAGCUGAAAGGCCCGCCACCUUAUGAUGACCCCACGGAACAACUGCCCAGACCUCCAACAACUGCCUUGGAGUGGGACACAGACGCCUUGGUCGAUUUAGACUCUACCGAGACCGAAGACGACGAUCCAGAUUGGGACGAUGUUGCAAUGGUCAUCGCUUCGGAGAUUGUACGAGGCGUUCGAGCGAAGAUCUACGAAGAGCUGAAGUACACAUGUUCCGCGGGCGUUGCACGAAACAAGAUGCUUGCUAAACUUGGUUCUGCUCACAAAAAGCCAAAUCAACAAACUAUCAUUCGUAAUCGAGCUGUGCAACACUUCUUGAGCGACUUCAAAUUUACCAAAAUCAGGAAUCUCGGUGGUAAGCUGGGAGAUGAGAUUGUCGCCGCGUUUAGUACGGAUACGGUCAAAGACCUGCUCGAGGUGCCUGUGGAACAACUCAAGAAGAAAUUAGGUGACGACACUGGCACCUGGCUCUACAACAUCAUCCGUGGAGAAGACCAUGGUGAAGUCAACCCUCGGACGCAGAUCAAGUCAAUGCUCAGUGCAAAGUCAUUCCGCCCUUCAAUAAACACUCUAGAAACGGCCGUGAGAUGGAUUCGCAUCUUUGUCGCUGACAUAUUCUCUCGACUAGUCGAGGAAGGCGUGUUGGAGAACAAGAGGCGGCCGAAGACACUUAACCUUUACCACAGACAAGGUGCACAAACAAGGAGUAAGUCGGCUUCAAUACCUAUGGGAAGGACCAUGGACGAAGCUCUUUUGUUUGAUGCCGCCAAAGGGCUACUUGCUCAAGUCAUCGCGGAUGGUCGAGCAUGGCCAUGUGCGAAUCUCUCGUUAAGCGUCAGCGGCUUCGAGGAAGGUGUGACUGGAAACAAAGGUAUUGGUGGAUUCUUGCUGAGGGGUGAUGAUGCGAAAGCGAUAUCUGCUGCCCUCAGGGAGUCGUCAAAACCACGUAAUCCGGAGACGCCUCCUCCCAGCAAGCGCAGACGAGUGGAGGAGAGUGGUAUACAACGAUUCUUUGGAGCCAGACAGGAAAGCUCCGGUGCUGUCUCCGAGAAAGAAGAACGAGAAGACUUCAGGGAAGAGGCAGAAGAGGCUCACAGUCCCUUUGACAUUCCUCCAUCGGCACAAUUACGAUCGGACGAUGUGUCAAGAUCGCAUGCAGGAGAGCAGCGAGUCGAGUCGACUAAAGACAAUGGACGGUACACCUGCUCUCGUUGCAACAGCUCUUUACUGGUCACUGAGCAAGGCGAACAUGAUGAUUGGCACUUCGCAAAGGAUCUGGCUGCUGACCUUGCAGCGGAGGAAAGAACAAGUUCUGCAGCGCGGGAGCAGAGUCGUCCCCCGAGUACGAGUUCGAGUAAGAAUCCAGCCGCUCAACCCAAGAACAAAGGGAGAGAACGACCACCAAAUGUAGCAAAGGCAGAGAAGGGGCAGAAGAAGUUAAAGUUUGGAUAA